AUGGCAAACCUCGUGGAUCAUCGUCAGGCAGUAUCGGAGCGCCUAAAGGCGGUCUCCGAACACUCAACCACCACCUUAUCUCAGUUAGACAACUCUCGUGCUUCCGGGUUUAAGAUCAUACGUCCUCAGCCAGCUGACUCCUUUCCUGAAAUUAACACUGCGGAUGAGGAACCUACAUUCCACAGUCAAUUGAAGGCGGAUCAAUCCAAACCGCCAAAAAUGGCUCCUCCGCGUCGCGAUCUCCUCCAUAAGGACCACUUUUCCUUCGUGUUUGGGGGCGCAAAGACCCAGAACUACUAUGACCCUGCUGCCAAAGGCCCAGGGUCUCACACUAUCCGAACACUCGCCUGGAACCCCACCGGCCAGCUAAUUGCUACGGGCUCAGCAGAUCGCACCCUAAGAAUCUGGAAUCCCGAACGCCCCAAUGUCCGCUACUCAACCGAAUUGCGCGGCCACACCGCCGGAAUCGAGAAAGUCCUCUUCAACCCAGUCCGCGACGCAGAGUUAGCAAGUUGCUCGACAGACGGCACAGUACGCUUCUGGGACGUCCGCUCCAAGACCUGCGUCAGCAAGCUAGACAUCGGCGGAGAAGCAUUCACUCUCUCCUGGUCCGCGGAUGGCACGACAAUGAUCGUCGGCACAAAGGACGACACUCUGAUCCCCAUCUCGAUCGAAAGCCCCUCCACACCAACCGCCCAUCCAGACGGCGCAAACGCUCUCAACCUCCCGGCCUCAGUAGGCACAACGACCUACACAGCCCUCGCUCCCCACCCCCAACCCGUCCAGACAAACGCAACUACUUUCGACUGGCGCAUGGCAACCCCUGAACGCCCUCAGCAGCAGUUCUUCACCACGACCGGCGAAGGAAAGGUCAAAAUCCUUUCCUAUCCCUCCUUGAACGUCCUGUACACCAUAAACGCCCACACAUCCGCCUGCAAUGCCGUCGCUCUCGCGCCUACAGGUCGUUACCUCGCAAUCGGCGCUAGCGAUGCUCUCAUCUCCCUCUGGGAUACAACUGACUGGAUCUGCCAGCGCACAUUGUCAAGUGAGAAUGGCGGCGCCAUCCGUGGUGUGAGCUGGAGUUUCGAUGGCCGCUAUAUCUGUGGUGCAUGUGAUGAGAUUGGGUGUGGUGGGAAUGGUCUUGAGAUCUUCCAUGCUGAGUCGGGUGAUAGCAUUUACACUAUUCCUACUGCAGGUGCUAAUGCUGGUGUUUCUGCUGUUGCUUGGCAUCCUUCGCGUUACUGGUUGGCUUAUUCGACUACUACUGAUGGUCCUGGUCAUUCCAGCUCGGGUGGUUUGAAGAUUGUUGGUGCUGCUGGUGGCGGACUCUGA